AAUAAAUGAAGUGAAAAAGUAGAUACACAGCUAACAAACACAAACAAACAUUAACGUUAUAACGGUAACAUUAAGAAAAGUAAAAAGAAGUACAACUAUCAUUUACUACAACUUAUAAAACAGUAAUAAGAAUUUUAGGAGAACUAGGAGAAGUACGUCAUGUCUACUUAAUAUUAUUAAGAAUCUCAAUUUGGAAAAAUGUACCUUUACAGAAUAUACAACGGCUGGGACACAGUUUGCAUUUAGUGAGGAGUUUCAUAAUAUGUUGCAAAACAAAUGAUUUAAAUAUUAGUGACUCUACAAUGGCUGAAAAUUAUGACAACGAAGACAGGCUGUCAGCAGAAGCUUCAAGCUGCAAUUCUAAUUGCUCAGAAGCUGGGGGAAGUGACCACAGUGAUAGCUUAACAGAAUCUGAAGCUGAAGAUGAUGCUGACAUCGACAAUCUAAAUACUGCUGAUAAUGAGGAAAUGUUAACCCUUAUUGAUGAUGAUAUUCCAUACUUGAAGCCCAUCAAAAAUGAGUUUCCAGGAGAGAUUGAAGUGAGUGUUGGUGAAGAGGAAGAAGAAUAUUUUGGUGAAGAUGAUUCAAAAGAUUUUAUCACUUCAAACAAAAAGACCAGUACAAAGAAGAAGAAGAAAAGACGAAAGAAAAAAUGGUUGAGUGUUUCCUUAGCUAGUUGUAAAUAUGAAGUUGUUAGACGUAUGACGAAGAAAUUUGGAUUCAAGGAAGUUGGUGAAAAUGAUGACUGGAUACUAUACUGGACAGAUUAUUCCGUUGCUCUUGAACGUGUUAUGGACAUGAAAAGUUAUCAAAAAAUCAAUCAUUUCCCAGGAAUGAACGAAAUUUGCCGCAAAGAUCUUCUGGCACGCAAUAUGACUCGCAUGCGUAAGAUGUUCCCCAAAGACUAUGAUAUAUUUCCUAAAACUUGGUGCCUUCCAGCAGACUAUGGAGAUUUCCAGGCUUUUGUACGUCAAAAGAAGAACAAAACUUACAUACUCAAGCCUGAAUCUGGUUGCCAGGGCAAAGGAAUAUGGGUGACAAAAAGCAUCAAAGACAUUAAAGCCAAUGAACACAUGAUAUGUCAGCUGUAUAUAUCAAAGCCAUUUUUAAUUGACGGAUUCAAGUUUGAUUUCCGCAUAUAUGUCCUUCUAACAUCCUGUGAUCCUCUCCGGAUAUUUGUCUUUAAAGACGGUCUCACACGGUUUGCCACCUGCAGAUAUUGUGAACCUAAUACCAGUAACAUUGAUAAUGUCUACAUGCAUCUCACUAACUACUCAAUCAAUAAACACAGUGAAGAUUUUGUCCGAGAUGACAAUGCUGGCAGCAAAAGACGUAUCAGCACAGUGAAUAAAUACAUGAGGGACCAUGGCUAUGAUGUUGACAAACUCUGGCGAGACAUCGACGAUGUUAUCGUUAAAACAAUUAUAUCAGCACACGCUGUACUACGGCAUAACUAUCGGACAUGCUUUCAGAAUCACACCAAGACGAGUGCCUGCUUUGAAAUACUUGGAAUCGAUGUCAUGCUUGACAAAAAACUCAAGCCGUUGAUAAUCGAGGUGAACCACUCUCCAAGCUUCAAUGUUGAUUCUGCUCUAGAUAAGGAGAUAAAGAGUACUCUUGUUGGUGAUACUUUGGCUCUCUUAAACUUUGGUGCUUCAAAUCGGCGGAAGUGUACGGAAGAAGAAAGGAAGCGAGUCAAAGAUCGACUACUAGGCCGCAAUGUUAAAAAGGAAACCAAAGAAGAGCAAGAACAAGCUCAUGAAAAAUAUUUGGAAAGUCUUGACAAUUACGAAACCACCCACCUUGGAAACUUUCGGAGAAUUUAUCCAAGUGAAGUAUCAAAAAAAUACGAUCAGUUCUUCCAAAGUAGCUCUAGUCUCUUUCAGGAGACAAUAGCCUUCAAGGCUAGAAGCGAAUUGGUCAGGCAGCAAAGAGAAGAUCUUUUAAAAAAGCAGAAUGAAAACAAUGAGUAUAUAACGAAAAUUAAAAAGAAGGAUACCAAUCUAAACUUGCGUCCAGAAAGUCCUAUGCCCAAGAAACAGUCGAAAAAACACACUGGACCAUAUGCUAACAAAAGGAAGAUAUGUGCACUCCAUAAAAGAAAGUCUAUGACCAAAGAAGAGAAAUUUGAUGUUGGGUAUGAUAGUUCUAAACCUGAUGAAAUCCGUGAUGAUGAAGAGCUGAUUCGAGUAAGCGCUUUAGUCCAACGCGACACUCUUGUUCGAGGGCUUGGUGUUGCUAACAUUGUCUAUCGACUGCUUAACAUACAUCGGAACAGUGAAACUUCACCAAGUCAUGAAAGACAUGACAAACAAUUAGUUGUUCAAGUAAAACCACCAGUGCCCUUAACAAGUGGCAGCAGUUCAAGCAGCUUAGUACAUUGCAAUAACUAUCAAUUUACCCGUUCUGGUGAGAUGCAUCAGAUCACUACUAGUAUUCAUCCUGGGACUACAAACUUAUUUAUCAAUAACUUCGGAAAUUUUUCCUCGACCAGCACCAUGCCAAACGAAGAUCAACAAGUAGCCGUGGCUAACAACUGUAAUACAUUUUAUAGCUGUCAUGCGAAACCAAGACAACACUAUUUCAAUAUGUUUGGUACAGUAAAUAAAAUAGUGGGUGGGAACAAGAGAGUACCAGCAACGUAUAACCAACUACCUCGUGGUUAUUCCACAGAAAACCCUGACCUGCCAUCAACCUUUGUUGUUAAGGAAUCUGGAAAACAAUUUCAGUAUGCAAAUCGUCAGCUUGAAUCCUAUUUCCAUCCCACUUUCUCCAAACCUUCAACUAAUAAAGGCUUUGAAGAAUGUGCACAAGGUCACGCCACAGUGCCAAAUACCAUAUCAGAUCUACCCAAGUUUUCUACUUCAUGGAGUCACAGUUUGAUGAUUACUUCUGCCCCUGCACCCCUAAUCUAUAAGUGCAGUAUGCUUCAUACCAAGCCUCGACAUAAACAAAUUCUAGCAAAGAAAUCGAAAGUUACCCAUGGUUUGUAUUCAGCUAUGCGAUCAUAUAAACGCACAACCACACCACCAUAACCACAAUUGUCUCCCCCUUACCACCUGAAGAACAGAAAUGAAAAGUACAAAUGGAAACUAUUCAUAAUAAGCUGUAACGAAGCUUAAAUAUUUUUUUCAUGAUGACCACAACUUUUGUAACUGAAAAGAACGAAAGUAAACAAGGAAGCAAAAUUUAAGGUUGAGCUGGGACAUAAAUAACUGUGAUAUUUGCUUGUUAUGUCAUCUUUGUAGAUAACAAAAGAAAUAUUUCAAUAACUUCCUUUUCAAAGAUUUUUGCAUUGUUUGUUGUUGAAAUUGAAAGAUGUAUGCAAUCUCAGAAAAGAUAUUUCUUUAUGAAGUAUUGACAAAUAUAUUAUUGACAGUAUGGCCAUUUUAUUGUUUGACGUUCUGAAUCCCAAAGGAAAAACCACAAAAAUUUUGUUCGCAUUUUUAUUAUAACUACUCACUCACUUCACCAUCUUUCUCUAUCUUCUCUUUUUCAACAACUAUGAACUGCUAGUUGCCAUGAGCAACAACUUCUUUUACACUGGAUGUCAUAUGAAACAUAGUACAUGAAGUGUAAUAGAAGUGUUGGAAGAUACAAAUAAUAGUGCCAACUUCACAUUGGUAAGCUAACGACUACCAAGUGACCUUUAAGCAAAACCAUCCCUUUUUUUUUUUUUUUUUGGUUACAGAAAUCUGGAAAAUUGAAGAAUAUUUGUCUUCUAACGUCCUUUUUUGAAUUGUUUCAUAUUGACAUCCUACUUCUCUUGAAUUUAUGAUUUGAAUCUAAUUAAAAUUUAUUCUAUUCUGUAUAAGUA